AUGACUCCAGAACAAUACGACCCCGUCAAAGCAGACUCAUGGCUUGUCUGCGACACAUGCGGCACUCAAUUCCCUACCGCUGAUCGCUCCACCCUGAAAACAUGUCACAUCUGCGACGAUCCUCGCCAAUUCGUCCCGCCCUCAGGUCAAUCCUUUUCUACUCUUGGUGAACUCAAGAAACACUUCAAGAACGAAUGGAUCGGAUGCCCGUCGGAUCCGAAUAUCACCUUUAUCCACUCUAUUCCCAAACUAGCCAUCGGUCAACGCGCUAUUCUCAUCCAAACCCCCAAGGGUAACAUCCUCUGGGAUUGUAUUACCCUACUGGAUGAUGAGACUAUCCUAAAAAUUAAAGAAAAGGGAGGAUCGAGGGCAAUUGUUAUAAGUCAUCCGCACUUUUACAGCACUCAUGUUCAAUGGGCGAGAGCGUUUGCUUGUCCUGUGUAUAUCGCGGCGGAAGAUAAAUCCUGGACUACGUUUGAGUCGGAGCAUCAGGUUGCUCUCACCGAGUCGUCGACGCCGAUCCUUGACACGGGUGCUACCGCUAUCAAGCUAGGCGGCCACUUCCCCGGUUCUUUGGUCCUGCAUUACAAGUCUCGUCUCUUCAUUGCUGAUACGCUCAUGACGACUGCGUCGGGCGUGGGGAAUUGGGAUGUUGAUGCUACUGGGGCAAAGCGUGCGGCUCGACCACCGGGAUUGAACUCGUUUUCGUUCCUUUGGAGUAUUCCGAAUUUUAUUCCUCUUGGUGUUGAUGAGAUGGUGAGAAUGUGGCGUGCUUUGAAGGGUGUUGAGUUUACUGCUACGCAUGGUGGAUUCACGGAGAUGGACAUUGAGCAUCAAGAUGUCAAAGAGAGGGUUCUGGAGAGUAUGAAGAUCCAGGCCAAAUCUAUCAGACAAGGAGACGACUUUGAGAGCAUGAUUGGAGAAUAA